UACACAUCCGCUCGCUCUACUCGUCGAGCAUUCAUACAUCACUUCGUUUGACCAAUAUUGUCUUUGCCGUGAGGGAUGGAAUUGUCCCUGGUGGUGUCCUUGAUUACUUCGGAUGAUUGUUUUUGCUACACGGAGCCCCUUCCCGCCUAAUUUGUUGUUUGUGGUUUAUGCCUUGCCAGCAACUACAGAGCUAUCACGGCAACCUUCCCGCCUAUGGCGGCGCAGAAGAGAUGGUGGUCUGUUGACCGUUAGUUAACUUGCUUGUCUCUUGCACCGAGACGCAGAAGAAAUGGUGGUCUUCCGAACUGGCCUCCCUUGUCUGGAACUUUCCACUGGGGUGUGAAACGUGCUUUACGAGGAACUGAGACGAGCGCUCACGCGUACCGUCCCUUUGACCAGCGUGAACUCGACCUUUUCUGUCACCAGCCGGCCUGUCGUUACCACGGUUACCAGCACCUGGCUUUGUGACCCGAGUCACGUGUCCCGCUGCACUGCCGAGUCGAUCGAGGUUUUUGCAGGGAUAGAGGUCACUCUCCUUGACACUCAGUUUUAAGAGCGGGCUGAACACCUCUUGGUCCCUGGGCCACGUCCCUUGUCUGGUACAAGGACGGACUGGAGACGACGACGCUUGUGAUGAAGACGAGUUGCAAAGUCUUUUCUCGCCCUGAUGCGUACACUUCAAGAGUUCGGUGGCGAAGCCCCGACUUAGGCUCCAACACAAUAUUACAAGGCUGGUUGGGGCCACACAUGCACCUGAAAGGUCGGUCACUCUCACAAACACACUCAUUGUCACAACUACGACCAGUCACGCAUCACCGCUAGUGCGAGACACAGUCGGCCAGCCUCUGGGUUUCUCCCUGCCAUGGACCUUACCGUGUCCGGACACCAUUGUCCACGUGGUAGUUUUCCCCGACGCUACAACCGUUAGAGGUCAGCUAGCGGCCGUCUCUUCUCCCUACUGACAACGGCUGUGCCGCUCUCUGACCUUCCCUUUGACCGCGGGUGUGCUCAAGGUGGGGCAACGGGUGUGGCAACCACACACAGUGCUACUCCUACCACCCUUCGUGACAUACUGACAUUUACAACGACUCUGAGUUCGACUAAUAAGAGAGGAGGAAAACCCUGUCCAGCCAAGUGCCAGGUCCCAAGCCAAACGUCACUCCACUGUUGAGGUAAAACCAAAUCUUGAGAAGAAUGUCUACUCGCUUGCUGACUGGAAGCCUGACCUUCACCUCUCUAAAGCCACUGGACCUUUCUUCCUGUACGAAGCAGGAAAUCGUGGCUUACUUUGAGAACAGCUAUGACUUGAACGAGAGUCUCUUCACUGCUCUGAAAGACUCCAGCAGCCUGUACAAGUGUCCGGACCGCCUACGACUUCCGCUCAUCUUCUACUACGCCCACACGGCCGUCGUCUACAUCAACAAGCUGAUGCUGGCCGGCCUCAUCAAGGAGCGAGUCAAUCUGUCCUUCGAGACCUUGUUUGAGACUGGUGUUGAUGAGAUGUCUUGGGAUGACACGGAAAACUACCGUAUGGGAGGUGGCUACAAGUGGCCAAGUGUAGAUGAUGUGGUGGAAUACCGACGAAAUGUGAGGAAUAUCAUUCUCAAACUCAUUGCUGACACUACACUUGUUCUACCCAUCACCAUGGAUACACCCUGGUGGGCACUGAUGAUGGGCAUGGAGCAUGAGCGCAUCCACCUGGAAACAUCAUCAGUUCUGCUACGACAGUUGCCACUUCACCUGGUGCAGAAACCUCCUGGAUGGGUCUAUGCUCCAAGUUCCUCUGGUUCUCUAUCAGUACUUGAAAAUAAAAUGGUACAAGUGUCAGGAGGGAAGGUGACUCUCGGCAAGCCCAAAGACUUUCCGUCAUAUGGAUGGGACAAUGAAUAUGGAGAGGUCACAGCUAGGGUGGUACCAUUUGAAGCCAGUAGAUACUUGGUGACAAACAGGGAGUACCUAGAGUUUGUACUGGCAGGAGGCUACAUUCAGCAGGAGUUCUGGACAACCGAGGGGUGGAAUUGGGUGCAAUAUCGUCAAGCAAAACACCCAACCUUCUGGGUGUGCCAUGAAGGAUGCAAGAGUGGGUGUGGGGCAGACCUAGCAUCCUACUCCCACUGCAACCUCAGCAACUCGAUGAACUGUGAUACUGAAGGCCAGGUAAAGCAGGAUGAUUCCUGGAUAAGCGAGGGGACAAGUACUCCAGACAACAAGUCACAGUACAGGUACCGGGCCAUUUUUGAUGUGCUGGCGAUGCCUUGGAACUGGCCAGUCGAUGUCAACUACCAUGAGGCCAAAGCAUUUUGCCGGUGGAAGGGACCAGGCUUCCGCUUACCUGCUGAAGCUGAGCAUCACCUGAUGAGAGGACCACAGAUGCCAUCUAGCCAAGGCCCAAUCUGUGACAUCAUCUUCCAGAAGGACACCAGAGCCAACCUCAACCUCCAGUAUGGUUCCUCCACUCCAGUGGACAUGUUCCCUCCCACAAAAGCAGGUUUCUUUGAUGUUUUUGGCAAUGUCUGGGAGUGGACAGAGGACCACUUCAAUGGCCUGAGCAACUUUCAGACGCACUACUUAUAUGACGAUUUCUCCAGUCCUUGCUUUGAUGGCAAACACAACAUCAUCAUGGGUGGCUCUUGGAUAUCAACAGGGGAUGAAGCUUCUCGAUUUGCCAGAUUUGCAUUCCGCCGCCAUUUUUACCAGCACCUUGGUUUUCGUCUGGUAAAGACUCUUGUUGAGGGAACGCCUGUUUUGCCUAUUUGCAUGGUGGACACAGAAGUGUUUGUGCUUGGAUCAGGCAUGUCAGAGAAAUCACAGAUGGCGAUAGAAAAUGCUGAGAUACAGAGUGUCCCAACCGUCAACGUCAACUAUUUGUAUGACUCAACCAUGCCACUGCAAGGAAUUCUGGAACUAGAGUUUGGAUUCCGAGACAGUCUGCCUGCUACCUACGCUAAUCUUGCUGCCAGCCUGGCACGCUCUUACAACAUUCCCAUGACAACAGCAUUGCAUAUAGGUAGUGCUACAGGUUGUGCUGCUUUUGAAUUGAGUAAACAUUUUGAACAAGUUCUAGGUGUGGAGUGUUGUGCACGGCUCAUCAAUGCAGCGCUCAAACUACAGGAAGGCAAAACAUUGACCUACAAAGAUGGAAAAGAAGUAACUCUUGACCCAACAGUAAACUCUCAAAAAGUCAUCUUUAAACAGCUGACAUGGCUGCCCAAUGAAGUCAAACAGCACAACAUGGUUCUUGUCUCCUUCCUGCACCGCAUACAGAAUCCAAAAGCCUGGCUUGCACGUCUAUGGGAAAUAACUUCCCCAAGUGGUAUUGUGAUGAUAAUCAGCAGUGACGGGAGCUGGACCAAGGAAAACCUUUGGGAGCAUCUUGGACAUAAGUUCCAUUGCACAGACGCCCAAAGCUUCUUUUACUCCAGUCCUGCUGGUCAGGCCAGCGCUUCUUUCACUGUGUGGAAACACAAGUGAACCUGUCUGCAAUGCUGUGCAUUGAGCAGACAAAACACUAGCACAAUGCAAUAGCCUGUUAACUUCAGUUACAGAAAUAUCAGUUCUUGUUUCUCAUGAUCUCUUGUUUCUGAGGCAUAUCAGUUGUAAUUCCACGUUGUGUGACCAAAAGGUGAUCUCUUGUUACUAUGAUUCAUAUCGUUCAUAAACUAUAAUUCCACUUGUUGUGCAUGACCAACAAGACAAAUCUUGUUCCUAUGAUUGAUAUUGUACAUUAAUUGCAAUUUCACUUGCUGUUAUUCAUAACCUGCAUCAUGGUCUUGUUACUGUUUUACUGCAUCAUAUAUAUUGUCAUUUAUCUUACUGUUUUAGAUGCAACAUUUGCCAAGGGUUAUUGUUCUCUACACAGCCAGUGGUUGCUUGGAGUACGAGAACCAUAACCUCUCAAAUCACUAUUAUACUUUUCAAUGGAAACUAUUCAGUCAUCUUUAACUAUACCUAAUUGUUGUGUGAUGAGUAGUUGAAGCUGGUUGUUGAAGGGGUGGUAGCUAUAGAUCAGUGGUUUUACAGCAUUAUGUCUUGUGGAUACUGUGAUGUGUACAGCGCAAUAAUCUUGCCUAUGAGCUGGAAUAUUGUGCAAUGCAAGUGAACUUUAUUAUUAUUUUCUUCAAUUUUCUGUGUUAAACAAAUGCACUAGCUUCAUAUUUGUGCACUUCUUCAGCAUUGAAGAAGCCAUUUCCGCUCUGCCUCUGCAUGUGUGAUAUGUCAAGUGCAUGACACCAUGUGUCAUGUGUCAACUGCAGGCAGAACUUAAGAAAUCUGAAAUUUCCAUGAUUACCAUUUCCUUUUGUAUUACACUUAAUUUGGAAAAUUAACACUAAAAAAUAGAAACCAUGCUAAAAAAGGAAUUAAUGUAAAUGAAAGUUGGCCCUGACACCUCACUAGCAAAAAUGGUUUCUUUUGAUAAAUGGAUUUUAAUCUUGUCACUUUAGUCAUUCAGUUUUAAACAAUAGAAAAUAAUACUUAACAAUAGAUUACUACUCCUGCACAAAAUUU